GAAACGAAAAACAAAAACGAACCGAAACAACUUUUUCGACACCAAAAAACCGGUAUGAAUGUACGAUUGGUACUCCUACAGUAUAAAUGUUUUGCAUUAUUGGCGAACUGUCCGGCUUACGCGUCUGAAGCCCGUCGGUUUCGUGGGGACUAUAUACUGAAACGCGGAAGAGAAAAACACGGCCGGGUCUGCUUGUGUGUUGGCUGAAUGGAGGAGGAGAGACUCUUCCUGGUGAAUAAACAGUGACAGCUAUAGGGCACGGACUAAUACCCAUUUCACAGCACAGGCACACACCUUAUCCUUUACAAUAAACACAAAAAAUGGCUUCUGACAGUAAACACGUCGCGCAGUUGAAAUCUGAGCUGUACUUCCUAAUAGCCCGAUUUUUGGAAGCUGGACCUUGCCAAAACGCAGCAGAGACCCUGAUCAAAGAAGCGCAGGAGAAAGAGCUGCUGCCGAAACGAACAGACUGGACGGGUAAAGAACACCCCGGGACUUACGAAAAUUUGGUGAAGCUCUACCGGCACAUCGGACCGGACCACCUGCUGCGGAUAUGCCAGUGCAUCGGACCGCUCCUGGAGAAGGAGAUGCCGGCCAGCGUUCCUGGAGUGCUGACCCUCCUUGGAGCUGGGAGACAGUCCCUGCUCCGCACGCACAAGAGCUGCAAGCACGUGGUGUGGAAAGGGUCGGCCUUGGCCGCACUGCACUGUGGGAGACCCCCAGAGCCCCCCAUCAUCUACGGAAGCCCCCCAAAUAUCGUGGACACGGCGCACUGUCGGAGGCUGAACGGGACGUACCGUCUGGGCCAGCUCGUCCCCACGGCCGUGUACCAGCACAUGAAGAUGCACAAACGCAUUCUGGGUCACCUGUCCUCCGUGUACUGCGUCACAUUCGACCGCACCGGCCGCCGGAUCUUCACGGGCUCUGACGACUGCCUGGUGAAGAUCUGGGCGACGGACGAGGGCCGUCUGCUGGCCACGCUGCGCGGCCACGCGGCCGAGAUCUCCGACAUGGCCGUCAACUACGAGAACACCAUGCUGGCGGCCGGCAGCUGCGACAAGAUGAUCCGCGUGUGGUGCCUGCAGACCUGCGCGCCCCUGGCCGUGCUGGAGGGCCACGGGGCCUCCAUUACCUCCCUGCAGUUCUCCCCCCUGUGCUGCGGCACCAGGAGGUACCUCUCCUCCACGGGGGCCGACGGCUCCAUUUGCUUCUGGCAGUGGGACGCCAGGACGCUCAAAUUCAGUCAGAGACCCAGCAAGUUCACAGAGAGGCCCAGACCCGGUGUCCAGAUGAUCUGCUCCUCCUUCAGUGCAGGUGGGAUGUUCCUGGCCACAGGCAGCACAGACCACAUCAUUCGGGUGUACUACUUUGGGUCCGGACACCCAGAGAAGAUUUCAGAGCUGGAGUCUCACACUGACAAAGUGGACAGUAUACAGUUCUCUAACUGUGGUGAAAGGUUUGUCAGCGGAAGCCGUGACGGGACAGCGCGCAUCUGGCACCUCCAGCAGCAGGAGUGGAGGAGCAUUCUCCUGGACAUGGCCACCAAGCUGCCUGGUAGGAAUAACCCCCCGCCGCUGGAGGACAAGGUGACCAAGCUGAAGGUAACCAUGGUCGCGUGGGAUCGCCACGACAACACGGUCAUUACGGCGGCCAACAACAUGACGCUGAAGGUGUGGAACUCCACCACCGGGAACCUCGUCCACGUGCUGAUGGGGCACGAGGACGAGGUGUUUGUGCUGGAGCCUCACCCCUUCGAUCCCAGGGUGCUGUUCUCUGCCGGACACGACGGGAACGCCAUCGUGUGGGACCUGGCCCGCGGCGUCAAGAUCCGCUCAUACUUCAACAUGAUCGAGGGGCAGGGCCACGGGGCGGUGUUUGACUGUAAGUGCUCUCCGGACGGGCAGCACUUCGCCUGCACAGACUCCCACGGACACCUCCUCAUCUUCGGCUUCGGCUCCAGCAGCAAGUACGACAAGAUCGCCGAUCAGAUGUUCUUCCACACGGACUACCGGCCGCUGAUCCGGGACGCCAACAACUACGUGCUGGACGAGCAGACGCAGCAGGCGCCCCACCUGAUGCCCCCGCCCUUCCUGGUGGACGUGGACGGGAACCCCCACCCCUCCCGCUUCCAGAGGCUGGUCCCGGGCCGGGAGAACUGCCGCGAGGAGCAGCUCAUCCCCCAGAUGGGCGUCACGUCCUCGGGGUUGAACCAGGUACUGAGCCAGUCGGUGGGGGACGGGUCCAGUCCGCUGGACAACAUGAUCCAGCGCCUGCAGCAGGAGCAGGACCAGAGGCUGUCCUCCGACCCAGUGAUCGGACCUGGAUCUCGGGCCGGGAGAGGUUCGGUGAGCUCCCCCACGGAGGUGCACUCCCCGCCGAACGUGGGCCUGAGGAGGAGCGGGCAGAUCGAGGGGGUGCGGCAGAUGCACAGCAACGCCCCGCGCAGCGAGAUCGCCACGGAGCGCGACCUGGUGGCCUGGAGCCGCCGCGUCCUGGUGCCCGAGCUCCCGCCGGGCGUCGCCAGUAAGCAGGAGAAAUGGCGGGCAGCCCGAGGGGAGGAGGAGAUCGCCACCUACAGGUCAGAGAAGAGGCGACGGGCGCCCAGCCACAUUCACAGGGAGCCCAAGCACCACGCCCCAGAGCCCUCGGGGGAGGAGCCAAGGCGUUCCCAGGGCAACCAGCACAGCUACCACACCCGGGCGGCCGUGGAGGAGACAUCCCGGCAGAACGAGGUUGCCGAGGACGACAACAGCUCCUCAGAGGGUGAGGCGGAGGUGCGGCCGCAGAACGGCGAGACCUCGGAGGAGGAGCGGGACGGGAAGGAGAAGGAGCCCUGGCCUGACGACAACAGCAGCUCCAGUGACUACUCCAGUGAGUACUCCGAUUGGACGGCGGACGCCGGGAUCAACCUGGAGCCGCCGAAGAAGACGGCGCGGCACAAGAAGAAGAAGGCGGCCAGCAGCUCGGAGGAGGACAGCGACAAGAAGAAAGACAAAGAGAGCAAGAAGGAGAGGAAGAAGGACAAACCAGACAAAGACGGCGCGCUACCAAAGAAGAAGAAGCCAAAGGAGCGGAGGCUGAAGGGUCUGACGCUGGAGGAGUGGUUGCCCUCAGCCUGGAUCACUGACACUGUGCCUCGGAGAUGCCCCUUCAUCCCACAGAUGGGAGAUGAGGUGUACUACUUCAGGCAGGGGCACGAGGCCUACGUGGAGAUGGCCAAGAAGAACAAGAUCUUCAGCAUCAACCCCAAAAAACAGCCCUGGCACAAGAUGGAGCUGAGGGAGCAGGAGCUGAUGAAGAUCGUGGGCAUUAAGUACGAGGUGGGUCUGCCCACGCUGUGCUGUCUGAAGCUCGCCUUCCUGGACCCCGACACCGGCAAGCUGACCGGAGGAUCCUUCUCCAUGAAGUACCACGACAUGCCCGACGUCAUCGACUUCCUGGUCUUGAGGCAGCAGUUCGACGACGCGCGUGACCGCCAGUGGAGAAUCGGCGACCGGUUUCGGUCGGUCAUCGACGACGCCUGGUGGUUUGGUACCAUAGAGAGCCAGGAGCCGUUCCAGACUCAGUACCCCGACAGCCUGUUCCAGUGCUACAACGUCUGCUGGGAUAACGGAGACACAGAGAAGAUGAGCCCCUGGGACAUGGAAGUUAUUCCUAGUGACGGCCGAGCUGACCCGCUGUCUGUCCCGCCCCCAGCGCUGUUUCCGGACGAGCUGGGCCAGAGCGUGCCCCUGUCCCGGGAGGAGCACCGCCGCCUCCUCUUCCAGCCCCUGGAGGGGGAGUGGGGCUCCCGCACGCGCAACGCCGAGUGUGAGCGCAUCAUCGGCGGGAUCGACCAGCUCCUCACGCUGGAUGUCGCGGCUCCGUUUGCCUUCCCUGUGGAUCUGCAGGCGUAUCCGACCUACUGCACCGUCGUGGCCUACCUCACCGACCUCAGCACCAUCAGAGAGAGGCUGAAGAACCGCUUCUACAGGCGGAUGUCGUCACUCAUGUGGGAGGUGCGCUACAUCGAGCACAACGCACAGACCUUCAACGAGCCCGGAGCGCACAUCGUCAAAACCGCCAAAUUCGUUUCUGACCUCAUGCUGCAGUUUAUUAAGGACCAAAGUUGCACUGAUUUACUUCCCCUGUACAACAGCAUGAAGAAAAAGACCUUCUCUGAUACUGAGGAGGAGGAAGAUGAAGAUGAAGACGACGCUCCGGGAACCUCCACCCGGAAGAAAAAGGAGCAGAAGCCGGUGCCGCGCAGGUUGAGGAAUAAGCCCCAGCCCUGUGAGCUGAAGGCCUGGAGGACUCGCUGCAAGGAGCUGCUGGACCUCAUCUUCCAGUGCGAGGACUCUGAGCCCUUCCGUCAGCCUGUGGACCUGCACGAGUACCCGGACUACAGAGACAUCGUGGACACCCCGAUGGAUUUCGGGACGGUCCAGAAGACACUCCUGGCGGGGAACUACAAGUCCCCGAUCGAGCUGUGCAAGGACGUCCGGCUGAUAUUCAGCAACUCCAAGGCCUACACGCCCAGCAAGAAGUCCCGGAUAUACAGUAUGAGCCUGAGGCUGUCGGCCCUGUUCGAGGAGCACGUCACCGCCAUCCUGUCGGACUACAAGUCGGCGCACCGCUUCCAAGCGGGCAACAAGCUGACCUGCCUGAGGAACAAACGGGCCCGCAGCCCCUCCCCCGCCAGCAGCACCGCCUCCAGCCCCGAGCGGAAGCGGAGGGCCAGCAGGGCCCCCCCGAAGCCCGACGCGGCCGCCUCGUCCCUGUCCCCGGGGCCCGCGCGGCCCCCGGCCCUCAGGCAGAACCUGCCCCUGCUGAACGGCCGGGCGGAGUCCCAGGCGCCCGUGCGCACGCGUAGCUCCGCCCGCUUCAGCAACCACUGCGCCGCCGAGCCCCCCGCGGCCUCGGCCCCGCCCCCGGGCCCCGCCCACCACCGCGCCGGCCCCGCCCACGGCAAGACGGGCCCCGCCCACGGCAAAACAGCGACGGAAUCGCCGAAAUACCUCAGAGCCCACAACUCGAUGUCGCCGGCGAGCGUCUCGAACGACGCGGACCACGGCCGGGGGUCCUCGUCCACCGACAUCGCCCGGGCCACGCGGCGGAAACUCAGAACGCCCGUGCGACACCAGCCAGCGACGGCUCAGAACAGCAUGCAGCUGAACGGCCACAGCAGUCAUGUGACCCUGGGCGUGGGCCGAAGGGGGCGGAGACCGAAGGUGGAGACGGUGGUUGCCAUGCAACGGGCAGCCCAGCGAACGCCCGCGCCGGCCACGCCCAAGACCCCUCCCGCGCCCGCGGAGCCUCCCGCCAAGCCGCCGGGGAAGAAGAGGGGCCGCAAGAGCAAGAAGGAGCUGGAGGCGCUGCGGGGGGAGGCGCUGCGGGCGGGGGCGCGCUGGGGCGCCGCGGCCCAGGAGGAGCGCGAGGAGGAAGAGGAGGAGGAGGAGGAGAGGGAACAGUCCACCAGCGACGAGGCUGGCACCUCCUCCGCGGGCCUGGAGGCGGGGCAGCCCGAGCAGGGGGCGGGGCCGGGGCGACCCCGCCGCGGCAGGAAGCCCAAGGCCCUGAAGGAGCGGGAGGAGGCCACCUCCGCCGCGAGCCCCGCCCACAGCCCCGCCCCCGCCCCCUCCAGCCCCAAGGUCCUGAGGAGGAGCAGCAGGAGGCACAACGAGGAGCCGGCCCCGCCGCCCCCGGCUGCCCCCGCGGAGAGGGAGGCGCAGCGGCUGGGGGCGGAAGAGGGGGAGGCGCGGGGCGGGGGGGAGGAGGACGAGGAGGAGGAGGAGGAGGAUGAGGAGGAGGACGGGGGGGCGUCCAAAUGCCUGAUGAAGACGCGGAACCAGGGCCGCCGGACGGCCUUCUACAACGAGGACGACUCCGAGGAGGAGCAGCGGCAGCUGCUGUUCGAGGACGCCUCCAUCAACUUCGGCACGUCCAGCAAGGGCCGCGUCCGCCGGCUGACCGAGAAGGCCAAGGCCAACCUCAUCGGGUGGUGAGACGCCUGGACGGACGGACACACGGACGGACAGACGCGCAGACCGUCGCGCUUUACGGAUUCCUCCCCCGGGAGCGUGAAGCUCUCUCCCUGACCGGGUCGCUCGAGGACACUGCGAAUCUUUGCUGCUAACUUUGUACAUUCAGCGGUGAACCUUACCUGCUUCGGGACCAACCAAAACACAGGGAGAGAGAGAGGGGGGGGCGAGGGG